AUGCAUUUUCAUGCACAUUACAAAACACACACACCUUCAACAAACAUGGCUAAUCACAAAAUUUCAAGUGUGGUUUUUUUGGUGUUAUUAGGUUUAGGCGUUAGUGCGGCUACUAGAGCUCUCUUGACUUAUGAAGACAGCAUUCCCUACAUUCAUGGUGGUGUAGAAGGAGGUGGUGGUGGUGGUGGAGGGGGUAGUGGUGGUGGAGGGGGUGGUGGCUAUGGUGCAGGAGGAGAACAUGGUGCUGGAUAUGGCGGUGGUUCAGGUGCUGGUGAAGGGGGUGGUGCAGGGUAUGGUGGUGGAGCUGCUGGAGGUGGAGGAGGAGGUGGUGGUAGUGGAGGAGGUAGUGGUGGUGGUGGAGGAGCACAUGGUGGAGGUUAUGGUGGUGGAGAAGGUGGGGGGAGUGGUGCUGGUUAUGGAGGUGCCGGCGGAGCCGCUGGUGGUGGUGGUGGUGGAGGUGGACAUGGUGGUGGGGGCGGUGGAGGAGGAGGAGCCGGUGGUGCUGGUGGAAGUGGAUAUGGUAGUGGCGGCGGUGCUGGUGGUGGGGCAGGAGGAUCACAUGGUGGACAUGCUGGAGGCGGUGGUGGUGGCGGCGCUUCGCCACUAGGUGGAGGGGGAGCACGAGGAAGUGGAUAUGGUAGUGGAGUUGGUGAUGGUAGUGGUUCCGGAGGAUCGCAUGGUGAUCAUGGUGGACAUGAUGAUUGUGGUUCAGGAGGCAGUGGUUGUCAUGGCGGAUAUGGAGGAGGUAGUGGCAAAGGUAGUGGUCAUGGUGGUUAUAUCCCUUGA